AUGCAGAGGUGGGGGCUGUGGGCCGUGGCUUCCCUGACCCUCCUCUCUGCCCAGGCCUUUCCACAAAUGGACAUCAGUAUCAGCCCAGCUGUGCUGGAGCUGCCCCAGGUGUCCCUGUGCCCCCUGUUCUGGGUGGAGUUCAGAGACCACUGCUACAGAUUCUUCCCUCUCAGUAAUACCUGGGGGGAGGCAGACCUGUACUGCUCCGAGUUCUCCAUCGGCAGGAAGUCGGCCAAGCUGGCCUCCAUCCACAGCUGGGAGGAAGAUGUCUUUGUGUAUGACCUCAUGAACAGCUGUUUUCCUGAGAUCCCAGCUGACAUCUGGACAGGGCUUCAUGAUCAUUGGCAGGAAGGGCAGUUUGAAUGGACCGAUGGCUCAUCCUAUGACUACAACUCCUGGGAUGGGAGCCAGCCGGACGACGGUGUCCACGCGGACCCACAGGAAGAGGACCGCGUGCACAUCUGGUACCGGCCCACCAGCGCUCUGAGGUCAUGGAAUGAUAAUGCCCGCAGCCGAGAGUUCCCCUUUGUCUGCAAGAUCCCAUCACUGACCAUUCACUGAUCCAGUCUUGCCCGC